UCAAAAUAACAAAAAAAAAAACCCUUUUGUCAUUAAUUUAAUAACAGAGAGAAAAUAUGCUUGUCUGUGUGGUAUGAUCAUGAAGCUGGCAUUAUACUCAAUGCACUGGGAGCACCAUGAAGCACACAGACUUUAAUCUUUCAGGUGAGCCCAUGACGGGAAUGCUGGAUACAAAAAGCCCAGAGACGGGAGAUUCUCCUGCCAUGGAGGGAAACGGAGAUGGUUUCCUGCCUGAUUUCUCCGGUUUGACCCACAGUGCUGACUGGACAAUGGGACAAGUUCCUGAUAGCCUCACCACUAUCUCAGAUCCAGAACAAGGACAGGCCCAGUCGCUCCAACAGUCUGUGACGUUAGAGCAGUGUGGAUUGGAACAGACACAGUUGGAAAGUUCUACCAAUGAACAGAUGGAGCAGAAAUCCAGUCUGCCAGAGAAGAGCCUCACGGAACCGUUAGAGAACUUAGAACACAAUACAGAAGACUCAUCUGAGUCUGAGGUGCAGAACAGCGGGUCAGACAGUCAGUCUAAACAAAGUUCUGAAAAUCAGGCCCAGUCUGCUGAUACUGGGAGUCCGUCCAAUAUGGAGCUAGAAGAGACGACCAAAGAGGGAGCUGAGCAACGAGCAGAUGCCCCCGCUCAGGAGCCUCCGUUCCCUUCUGAAUAUGAGCGACUCUCCAAAGUCGUGGAGGACAACCCUGAGGAUUUCAAUGGCUGGGUCUACCUAUUGCAAUAUGUUGAACAAGAGAAUCAUCUUGGUGCUGCAAGGAAGGCCUUUGAUGCAUUUUUCUUGCACUAUCCUUACUGCUAUGGCUACUGGAAAAAAUAUGCUGAUAUUGAGAAGAAGCAUGGUUGUCUACAGAUGGCAGAUGAGGUUUACCGCCGGGGCCUGCAGGCCAUCCCUCUCAGUGUGGAUCUGUGGCUCCAUUACGUCACGUUUCUGAAGGAAAACCAGGACACCAGUGACGGAGAGGCCGAGAACAGGAUUCGUGCAGCCUAUGAACACGCGGUGCUUGCGGCAGGCACAGAUUUCCGGUCGGACCGGCUCUGGGAAACCUAUGUGAACUGGGAGACCGAAGUGGGAAAGCUGGGGAAUGUUACAGCCAUUUAUGAUCGGGUGCUUGCAAUCCCUACGCAACUGUACUCCCAGCAUUUCCAGAGGUUCAAAGAGCAUGUGCAGAACAACAAUCCGAAGCACUUCCUGUCAGAGACGGAGUUUGUUCAGUUGCGCACGGAGCUUGCCGCAGCCAGUGUCCAGAAUGGGGAGGGAGAAGCACCCAGCGAGGAGCUGCCUCCAGGCACAGAGGACCUGCCAGACCCUGCCAAGAGAGUGACUGAGAUUGAGAACAUGAGGCAUAAAGUGAUAGAGACACGGCAGGAGGUGUUCAAUCACAAUGAACAUGAAGUCAGCAAGCGCUGGGCUUUUGAAGAAGGGAUCAAACGACCGUAUUUCCAUGUGAAAGCCCUGGAGAAGACCCAGCUCAGUAACUGGAGAGAGUAUCUGGACUUUGAGUUGGAAAACGGCACACCAGAGCGGGUUGUGGUUCUGUUUGAACGUUGCCUCAUCGCAUGUGCACUCUACGAGGAGUUCUGGAUCAAGUAUGCUAAGUAUAUAGAGAGCUACAGCAUCGAGGGUGUGAGGCAUGUGUAUAAGAAGGCCUGCACUAUCCACCUCCCAAAGAAACCCACCAUACACCUGCUCUGGGCAGCAUUUGAAGAGCAACAAGGGAACAUUGAGGAGGCACGUGGUAUCCUGAAGUCUCUGGAAGAGGCAGUGCCUGGCUUAGCCAUGGUGAGGCUUCGGCGGGUGAGCCUGGAGCGUCGCCACGGAAACCUAGAAGAAGCUGAGGCCCUGCUGAGAGACGCCAUGAAGAAUGCGAAGAACACCAGUGAAUCGUCGUUUUAUGCCGUGAAGCUUGCCAGACAGCUCCUUAAAGUGCAGAAGAAUCUGGGGAAAGCCCGGAAGGUUCUGUUGGAAGCCAUUGAGAAAGAUGAGACCAGUCCUAAGCUGUAUCUGAACCUGCUGGAGCUGGAGUAUAGUGGGGAUGUGCAGCAGAAUGAAUCGGAGAUCUUGGCAUGUUUUGACCGAGCCCUGAACAGCUCUCUGCCACUCGACUCGCGUCUCACCUUCUCUCAGCGCAAAGUCGAGUUCCUUGAGGACUUUGGUAGUGAUGUCAACGUGCUUGUGGCAGCAUAUGAAGAACACCAGAAGCUACAGAAAGAGCAUGAUUCAACAAAGAGGAAAGCAGAGAAUGGUUCUCAGGAGCCUGAAUCAAAAAGACAGCGACUGGAUGAUCACUCUGGUGCAUCGGGUCAUGUGAUGUCAGACAUGCAAACCAACCAUGGAGGAUACAACUAUAAUUGGUACCAGCAAUAUAACUACCAGAACUCCUGGGGCCAGUACAACCAGUAUGGUCAAUACAACCAGUACUAUCCACCUCCCCCCACUUGAUUGAUUGCAGCAAAGUCCUGAUCUCCACUGUGGAUUAUUUUUCUUUUUACUUAACUCUUCUUCAGAGUCUAACUCUUGAUUCUCUUCCUCUUAUUUUGUUGUUGGGCUGUGUGUUGCAAAUCAUUUUUUUCAUUCUGUGAAAAGUGCGAAUAAGUUUUAAAUUUUAGCCUGGUUGAUUUAGUAUGGUCUCUCUUUUUUGGGAACUAAAUGACAUUUGAUAAGAUUUGAAGUUAAUUGAAAGGAGUAGCAUAAACCCCAUUCUGAGCUCAUCUCUGCUCUCCUCAAUGUGAUGGUUGUCCUUGUCUCCAAGGCACAAAGUGAAACGAAGAUUCUUUUUUUUUUUUUUUAAAUUUUAUCUUAAUUUCAUAAUAAAGAGGUUGAUAUCCUUC